AUGGGUGAUCAGGCCGAUACCGAGAAGCCGCAUUCGCAUCAUGCGAUCGCAAAGGAUAUUCCUGAGGACAAGAACAGCAAACAAGUUCCCAAGCAAGAUGAGCUGAGGAACAAGGCCGCCGCUGGGAUCUCAUACUUCACUCCCGCACAAGAGCCUGUCGCCGGGACUGCUCUUGGCAUGCUCGAUGGCAGCUCCAAGAUCCCCAAACUCUUCCAGCCCCUCAAACUCCGCGGCCUCGAAAUCCAGAACCGCCUCGCUCUCUCGCCUCUCUGCCAAUAUUCGGCUGAAGAUGGCCACCAAACCAACUGGCACCUAACACAUCUAGGUGGCAUCAUCCAGCGCGGACCUGGUCUUACAUUCGUUGAGGCUACGGCGGUACAGCCCGAGGGAAGGAUCACACCAGAAGACUGCGGUCUCUGGAAGGACUCGCAGAUGGAGCCUCUCCGUAAGCUCGUAGAAUUCGCACACUCUCAGGGCCAGAAAAUCGGCAUCCAACUCGCACACGCCGGAAGAAAGGCUAGCACCGUCGCUCCCUGGUUAAGCAAGGGCGACAUCGCUACAAAGGAGAUGAACGGCUGGCCGGACAAUGUGUACGCUCCUUCGGCGAUUGCAUUCAACGACCACCACUGCACACCCAAGGAGAUGACCAAGCAGGACAUCGAGACCUUCAAGCAGGCGUUUGUUGAUGCUAUCAAGCGCUCCCUGAAGAUCGGCUUCGACACCAUCGAGAUCCACAACGCACACGGCUACCUCCUACACUCCUUCCUAUCGCCAGCAUCUAACAAGCGUACCGACGAGUACGGCGGAUCCUUCGAGAACCGCACACGUCUUACUCUCGAAGUCGUUGACCUUGCACGCAAGACUAUCCCCGACAGCAUGCCCCUUGUACUCCGUAUCAGCGCAACAGACUGGCUCGAUGAGGCUGGUAUUGAAGGCUGGACUGUUGAUCAAACCGUCAAGCUUGCCGAGAUCCUCGCCGAUAGGGGUGUAGACCUUCUCGACGUUUCUUCCGGUGGUCUUCACGAGAAGCAGCACAUUCACGGUGGACCAGGAUACCAAGAGCCUUUUGCCAAGGCUGUCAAGGACAAGGUUGGAGACAAGAUGGCUGUGGGUACCGUUGGUAGCAUCACCGACGGCAAGCAGGCCAACGGAUACCUUGAGAACGACAACCUCGACGUCGCUUUCAUCGGCCGCAUGUUCCAGAAGAACCCUGGUUUCGUCUGGCAAUGUGCUGACGAUCUCGGUGUUGAGGGUCGCUGGGCGAACCAGAUUCGAUGGGGCUUUGGAGGCCGUGGCAAGAAGUAA